GCGGCGGGGAGCGGCGGCCGCCGCCGCCGGAAGGAUGCGGCUGCGGAUCUACAAGCGGAAGGUGUUGCUGCUGGCGCUGGCGCUGACGGUGUGCGCGCUGGCGCUGUGGGGAACCGGCGGCGGCGGGCGGAGGCGGCAGCAGCAGCAGCAGCAGCAGCAGCGGGGCGGUACCGGUACCACCGGGGAGCCGCCGCGGGUCAGCGAGCCGCCGCCGCGCCGCCCCGCCGCUAACGCCUCGGCUGCAUCGCUGGCACUGCCGCUGCUCACCGAGAACGGGACGCUGAGUUACCGCUCGCUCGUUUACCGGCUGAACUUCGACCAGCCGGUGCGGAACGCCGGGCGCUUCCCUGCGCGGGCCGCCGCGGCGGACGUGGUGCUGGUGGUGCAGGUGCACGAUCGAGCCGAGCACCUGCGGUUGCUGCUGGAGUCGCUGCGGCGGGCGGCGGGCGUGGAGAACGUGCUGCUGGUGCUGAGCCACGACCUGUGGGCCGAAGAGCUGAACCAGCUGGCGGCACGCGUGGACUUCUGCCCCGUCCUGCAGAUCUUCUUCCCCUUCAGCAUCCAGCUCUACCCCCGCGAGUUCCCUGGCCACGACCCCCGCGACUGCCCCCGCGACGUGGGCAAGGCGGCGGCCCUGCGCCUGGGCUGCAUCAACGCUGAGUACCCCGACUCCUUCGGGCACUACCGUGAAGCUCGCUUCUCCCAGACCAAGCACCACUGGUGGUGGAAGCUGCACUUCGUCUGGGAGCGGGUACGGGCGCUGCGGGAGCACACUGGGCCAGUCCUCUUCCUGGAAGAGGACCACUACCUAGCACCCGACUUCUACCACGUCCUCAAAAAGCUUUGGGCCCUGCGUGAGCGGGAGUGCCCCGAGUGCCAGAUCGUUUCCCUGGGCACCUACAGCCCUAUCCGCGGCGGCUUCACUGGCCGAGCCGACAAAGUGGAGAUGAAGACAUGGAAGUCCACCGAGCACAACAUGGGCAUGGCCUUCGGCAGAGACACCUACCAGAAGCUCAUCGAGUGCACAGAUGCCUUCUGCACCUAUGAUGACUACAACUGGGACUGGACUCUGCAGCACUUGACUGUCUCUUGUCUUCCAAAGUUCUGGAAAGUGCUGGUUCCUGAGAUCCCCAGGAUUUUUCACACGGGGGACUGUGGCAUGCACCACAAGAAAUCCUGCAGACCAUCCACCCAGAGUGCCAAAAUCGACUCUCUCUUGAACAGCAACCAACAGUACCUGUUUCCUGAAACAAUGAGUAUCAGUAAAAGGUACUCCAUGGCUCCCCUUUCCCCUCACGUGAAAAACGGAGGCUGGGGAGAUAUUAGGGACCACGAACUCUGUAAAAGUUACCGCAGACUUCAGUGAGGAUCGUUCUCACAGCCUUUUUUCUUUUUGAGUUGUUCCGUACUGUCUUUUCCAGGCACACACAUGUAUAAAAAGCAUUUAUGAGUUGGUUUCUGCUUUAAUAUGAAUAAACAUUCUUGUAAAAGGUGUCCCAAAAUAGUAAUCUUUCAUGUUCGACAGGGACAUUUUGGAAACAGGUUACCUGCUGCCGCUGGCUGCAGCCCCCACGCACAAAUGACUGCUGCGGUGCUUACUGGGAGGAGGAGAAAACUUGUGUUUAGGUGCAUCUUUCCUGAUGUGUGCAGUGCUCUGUGAUGGGGAUCUUCCCCCAGCCAGGGCAGAGCUGGGGAUGGUGACCCAGCCGGCAUUCCUCUGCCGGCAGUACUAGCACCUCCUGCCAUCCCCUUGUGCCCGUGUCUGGGUUUGGUUGCAAGGUGUUGAUGAAUAUAUGAAGGAAAAACGUAAUUGUUUUUACUACAAUGUAGAUACAUAUACGAUUUUUUUAGUUGUGCUGAAAUAAAAUUCCAUUGUUUUGUAA